AUGUCAAAGAAAUCUGUUAAAAAGGUCUUGAGUUUUCUGAUAUCUAGAAUACCCUUUUUUAAAGAACGGACAAAAUCACGAAAAAUUCAACCUGAAGAUCAUCGCGUUCCAGAUAAUUUGGCUUCGUAUAUGAUCUCAGAGAUAUUGCAAGAAAUUUUUACUCAUCUAGCGGAUACAUUUGUAUUUAACGGAACGUAUGAUUUACACGCUUAUUCAAACCUAUAUUCGUGUGUACUAGUAAACAGACAUUGGUGUCGGAAUGCGAUGAUAAUAUUAUGGAGACAACCAUUUCAUCCAUGUUUAAAUACUGGGUACAUCAUAGUAAAUACCUUAUUAACGUUUCUCGAUGAAGAAGAACGAAACUUUCUCUUAUCACAAGGGAUAACUCAUUUACCACCUUCUUUAACAUCCAAAACAUAUUUGUUUGACUAUCCAAUAUAUUUUAGACAUUUACAUCAACAAAAAUUAUACUUUUCAGUUGAAUCCUGGAGUCAGAAAAAUUUACAGAACAAACCAAAUAAUGCCACCAAUUUGUUAAUGAAUUCUUUAUUGAAACUCAUUUAUAAGAAAUCCGGACAACUUGUUAGACUUAAAUUAUAUAAUCUGGUGGGAUUAAUAAAGGAUAAUAUGGAUUAUAAGAAUCAUCAAGAUUCAACCGUCGAUAGUUCUUACAUUUAUAAAUUUAUUUCACAGGUUAAACAGUUAACGAUCAAUGGAACUUAUGAGAAUAGUAAUAUGUUUUUGUUGCCUUUAUUCUCCCAUUUAUGCACAAACGUUCAACAUCUUUGCAUAGAACAUUUUUCGAUUGCGAAAAAUAUAGAUUGCGUAAUAAAAUCACAAACCAACCUGGUUUCGUUAGAAAUUUCAAAUCUGUCGGGUCAUUCAACUUCAAUUAUUCAAUCAAUUCUAUCGCAAUCAAAAUCACUACGCAAUAUCAAAUUUUAUAAAGUAAACUUUUCAGAAUGUUGUCAAUGGACUUCAAUUGCGUUUUGUAAAAAAUUAGAAAUGCUGGAAAUUUAUGAUUGUUUAAAUUUAAAUUCAUUCAUGAUCUUGCCUUUAAUUACAACAAAAUUUCCUUUACUCAAGAGAAUUUGUAUUUUGGGUAAUAAUGAUCUUGAAUGUUGGAUAAAGAAUUAUAUGAGUAGGAAUUAA